AUGGAGAAUUGGUCGGAAUGUAUUGCUUUUCUAUUGCGAGCUUUGGAUGAUUUUAAUUAUUUUAUUGAAGAAAAUAUUUGGUGCAGGACGAAAUGCCUUAUGAAACUAGCUUCACAGCAGACAUCAAGCAAUACCGAUGAAUUGUCCAGAGAAAUUAAGGAAACAAUACAAAUGUAUACGGCAGCACAGCAUAGCCUUUGCCUCCUUCGUUGUAAAAAAGAACGUUUCACUUCUAGACGACCAUCACUAAAGAACCGAGCAGUUCUUGAUGAAUUCCAAAAUCGUAAGCCAUAUCAUUAUCUACAGUUUUGUUAUUGGAAGAUAGGUGACCUAGCAUCAGCAGUUCGUAGUGCAUACACAUAUUUGACUGCAAAUCCAACUGAUCAACAAACAAUCGAAAAUUUAUCAUUCUAUAUGCAACAAAAUGGAUUCAAUCACAAUAUGCUUAUCGAUUCACUACAGAUGAAAUUAGAGAGAAACUAUAUGGGUGGUGUUCUUGCAUAUAACGACGAGGAUUGGCCACAAUGCGUUCAUUACUUUGAAAAUAGCUUGGAUGAAUUUUUCGUCGAGGAAAAGAGAUGUCGCCUAAUGUGUGAAGAUAUGAUGACAUGGGAAUUGAUCGAUUCACCUAAUCCCGAAUAUAUCGUUGUUGCUACAAGUGCUUAUAUAUCUAUGCUACGUUGUAAGCAUAAUUGUACGGAAAAAUUAUCAAAAGUAAAUGGCCGAUUUAUUCCGAAUUUCUUAUCGUCAAUCUUUGAUUAUCUCCAGUUUUGUUACUAUAAAAUGAACCGAGGCCGUAAUGCAUGUGAAUCUGUGGCGAAUUCCUUGUUACUUCAACCAAAUAAUCCAAUAAUGCGACGAAAUCGAGUUUUUUACUCUAAGAAUUAUGGAAAUAAUGAAUUAUUCAAACCGUCAAAGAUUAUACUGGAAUACCAGAAACGAUUAACUGUACAACGAAUUUAUCUCGAUUUUAUCGAACGUAAAUUCAACUAUAGUGAAGAGGGCGAAUAUCCAAAUGAAGAAGCCGACGAUUAUACUGCAAUUAAUUUGCAAAAUCUGUUAUUCAUCGAUACAUUCGAUUAUUCAGCAAUCGAAAAGCAAUUGCUCAGCGAUCAAGAAUGCGAUUUUUUAUUCAUUUGUUACAUAUUUAAUUCAUCCAAAUCUCAAAGAAAAUUGCAACAAUUAUUUAUAAAUGAAAUUCGCGAACGAAUUAAGCAAACUUACUUGACUGAAGUUGCCUUCGAUGCUUUGUCUUGUUCGUCGCAUAGAAACACUAAUUGUAAACAAAAAAAAUUUCUCAUAUCAAUUGAUAAAUCUUAUUGUGGUGCCUUUUUGAAGGAACUACAAUCUAAUCGAUGCACAAUUAGUUUUUGUUUUAAUGCAUAA